AUGUCGGAGGAUCGGGAGCGCAGCAAGAUCUCGCUCCGAAGUGGAAAGAGAAAGGGCCGCCCGCAGAUUAGUGCACCUCGCCAGAUCUCAGAGCCCAUUCUACAAGAUGGAUCUGGCCCAGUACGGUCUCCCGGCUCAAGGCCGAUGGCAGAUGCAGGUCCUCCGCCGAUCCAGCCUCGGCUUCGCCCGCCGCCACAAGCUGGAGGUGGAAAGACCUCGGACUUGGUCAAGCGACGAUACUCGACGCGGUUUAACACCCUGCCGAACGACUUCGACGUGAAUAACCCGCCGGUACCGUCUAUGCCAUCCCUCGACAAGUACGAGUCCCGCCAGAGGAGAGCAGCACAGCCCCCUCCCAGCCGUGGAGGCACAGCACCAGCGCCGAUUGUCGAUAUAAAGGCAUUGCGAGAUCCCGGAUUGGUUCCAGACCAAUAUGUUGCGACCUUGCUUAGCGAAGCGGACGAGGACCAGAUCCGAGAAUUCGAGGACAACCUACGCAAUCUCAAGGGCCGAGCCAACGCAGACUUGCAGCAGAAUGUCAUGCAGAACCGUACCCAGUUCAUCAAGAUUAGCAAGGAGGCCGAGAAGCUCAAGGGUGAGAUGCGAGCGUUGAAGAACCUGAUGACAGACCUCAAGGUGAAUACAACAGCACUUCGCCAGGCCUCAAAUAAUGGAAACAACGAGUCUUCAAGCCUUGGAGGCGAAUUGUCGACAGGCUUGAGCAAGAGGGACAAACGAAGCUCAGUCGCAGAUCGAAGCGCCCUUUGGAACUCGCAGAUGCAGGCACUGUACAAAAAUGUCGAGGGUUCCCAAAAGUUUCUGCCCAAUUCUGCUCGGCGCCAUGUCAUCCAGAAUGCAGGAGCUUGGAUUGAGCUGGACAACGCCACAUACAAGUCUCGACGAGCGAUGCAGAUAUUCCUACUAAGCGACCAUUUGCUUAUUGCAUCUCGCAAGAAGAGAAAGGCUGAUGUCCCGCCUCGCGAAGCUCAAGGCCCCCUGGUGAAGCUGGUCGCAGAUCGUUGCUGGCCACUGCUUGAUAUUGAGGUUGUUGACAUGGCCGGGCCCGGCGAUGGCUCGACGACGAGAAACAAACUGGCAGAUGCUGUCAUGGUCAGAGGUGUUGGCCAGGAAUCUGUCAUCUACCGAACCGAAAAGCCAGAGGAUACGGAGAAGAACAGUCUGCUUCUCAACAUCCGCAAAGCAGUGGAAGAGUUGCGCAAAGAGCGACAGUCGGAAUUGGAGGCAAACAACAAGGCCAAGGAGACGAUCAACUACUUUGCGUCCCGUGAUCCCGGCCUGCUGCAGAAGACUGAGCUUUUGGAAACAUUGUCUGACAUCAAGGACAUGCUCAUCGACGUUGAUGGAAAGCAGCAAAAUCUACGAUGGGUCGAAAGCCAGAUGGACGAGCUCGAUAUUGACAUUGCCUUACAGAGCUUUGAGCCGGCAGUUGACCGCGUCGAGAAGCUGAAGAAUCUCGCUCGAGGCCUGAAGAAUAACGCGGUGGCGCGGGACUUCAUCAGCUUCAAGGUCGAAGAAAGAUGUGCCAAGUUGGCGGGCAUGAUCAUUCGCGAGCUCGAGACGACACACACGGCGCCUACCAAGAACAAGCGUAACAUUAGUUGGUUGGCCAGACUUGGCUACGAAGACAGGGCUCGCGAGGCAUAUCUGGUCGCCAGACAUGAUAUUAUCACAAAGCGAUCGAGACAAUGCAUCUUCCAGGGUGAUUUACACUUGUACAUCUGGGAGCUCUCGUUUGUUUACUUCUCUCUGAUCCGCAACACCGUGAGCUGCUUUCACUCUUGUUUUCCUCCGCCGAUGAUGAGCGCCUGCGUCAAAUGGGCCAAGGAAGAGGUCGAAACGUUCAACGGCAUCCUUGCGCGGCAGCUCAGCGGAACAGAGCGCGGCGGAAAGGUCUGGAACGAAUGCAUGGAGCGCGCCCACGAGCACGCAAAGAUGUUGAACGAGGUGCAGCUCGAUUUCCGCACACUUGUUGGACGUGAUUUGGAGCACUCGUCGGGUGUCACCAGUCCCGUUGGUCUCGGGCUAUCGUAG